AUCCAAAGCUUUCUCCCUCGCUUCCUCGCUUCUCGUCGCCGGCGAAAACCCUAACCCCUUUCCCUUCUCUCGGUCUCUCUUCCUGCGCUCCGCCGUCACUCGCGUUGUUCCCGGAGGAUCCUCCGCGGACUGCGCUACGGUGCUUAAGUUACCUUCGGCAUCGCUCCUUCUCCGGUCUGGUGGAAGAUGGACGGGGACGAGGUACCUCGCGUUUCACGCUCGCACGAGGAGGUCUUCCGCGACUUCAGAGGCCGCCGUGCCGGCAUUAUUAAGGCCCUCACUACUGAGGUGGAGAAGUUCUAUGGACAGUGUGACCCAGAAAAAGAGAACCUAUGCCUUUAUGGAUUUCCAAAUGAGACUUGGGAAGUCAAUUUGCCUGCUGAAGAAGUUCCUCCAGAGCUCCCUGAGCCAGCUUUAGGCAUCAAUUUUGCUAGAGAUGGGAUGGAAGAAAGUGAUUGGCUUGCACUUGUUGCAGUUCAUAGUGAUGCAUGGUUACUAGCUGUUGCUUUCUACUUUGGAGCACGCUUUGGGUUUAACAAAGAGUCAAGGAUGCGGUUACACAAUAUGAUCAACAGUCUCCCUACGAUAUAUGAAGUUGUAACUGGAACUGCCAAAAAGCAGUCCAGAGAAAGGACCUCCAACGGCAGCAGUAAGAGCAGCAAAUCUAGUUCAAAGAAGCCAAAACUCGCAGAGUCACUGAAGUCACUAAAGAUGCAAACUCCCAAAGAUGAAGAUAACGAGGAUGAGGAAGAGGAGCACGAGAAUACCUUGUGUGGUGCAUGCGGUGACAAUUAUGCGAACGAUGAGUUCUGGAUCUGCUGUGAUCUCUGUGAGAAGUGGUUCCAUGGAAAGUGCGUCAGGAUCACACCUGCAAAGGCUGAGCAUAUCAAGCAAUACAAGUGCCCAAGCUGCAGCAGCAAUAAAAGGGCCAGACCAUGAACAAACCCCAAAGCUCGAUGACCCAUUCAUCAGAGAACACAAAAAAAGUUCUCAUUGCAAUUUGUAUUCGAUACUCGGAAGAUGCCCAACCUGGAGGCAUGUAUUUAGUUUCAAGACUAUCUUAUGCUGUUGAUGACUGCCCCAAAUUCCAUUUUGUUUAUGUUAGAUUACUUGGAUGUUGGGAAAAAAAUUGCUAGGAUCAACUGGAGAUGACAUUUGAACUUCAA